CAAAUAAUGAAUAAUCUUAUUGAGAGUGAAAAUAACUUACCAUUUCAAAAUAGUUUUGAAAAACUUAGGUAAUUGGUUAUAUAUGAUUUUUGACAGAAAAAGUAAUCGACCUUCCCAUUAUCAGAAAGUUGAUGAGACUAUAAGAUAAUAAAUUAUAGAUUAAGCUUGCAAUAAAGGAUAGCCAUUGAGAUAAGUAUUCAUAUUUAUAUCUUUUAGAUUGCUCAAAACCUUGGUAUAAAAUAUUCAACUGCGAAAGCCAUAGUCUAAGUGUACCAAAGUGAAGGAAGAAUAGGUAAAAAACGAACAAGAGACAAAAGAAUAUUUUAAGAGAUUGAAACCUUUAUAAUAGUUGUUCACAAGUAAUCAGGAAAAAUAGAAAAACUUAAGCUCAAGUCAGAGUGUAGUGAUCUAAAAACCAAUUUUCAAAGUUCUAAGAUUAAGUAUACAUGAAUUAUAUGAACUUUUAGCCUUGAAGAAGCUCACUAUUCUAAAUUAGCUCAAUACUUUGGAGAAUAUAAUCUUCAAUUAGAUGAUGAAGCACAGACUUCGUAAAAUGAAACCUUACUGAAUUUUGUAAAAAUCUUAAAUGAGCAAUACUAAUAAUUUUAGCAUAUUCCUAAACAAGAAUGA